CGCGCGCGGGGGCCCGGCCACUUGGAGCAGCUCUGCCGCGGGGACUGCACUGCCCGCCCUGCCGGACCCGCCCCGACCGGGGCUCGCCGCCGCCAGCAGCCGCACACCGCGACCUCGGGCCCCGCGCCGGCUAUGGUUGUACUCUGGGGCUGAGCGCGAAGGCUGUGUGACCGAGAUUCCUGACGAAAGAAAGAGACUGAGGAGAAAAGAGGAAGGAGGGGCGGGCUCCUGGCAAGGCACUCGCUCCUGAACAGAGUCCUGCAAAGAUGGAGAAGGAGGAAGAGACGACUCGGGAGCUGCUGCUGCCCAACUGGCAGGGCAGUGGCUCCCACGGGCUGACUAUUGCCCAGAGGGAUGACGGUGUCUUUGUGCAGGAGGUGAUGCAGAACUCCCCUGCGGCCCGCACUGGGGUGGUUAAGGAGGGGGACCAGAUUGUGGGUGCCACCAUCUACUUUGACAACCUGCAGUCGGGUGAGGUGACCCAGCUGCUCAACACCAUGGGACAUCACACUGUUGGCCUGAAGCUGCACCGCAAGGGGGACCGCUCCCCUGAGCCUGGCCAGACCUGGACCCAUGAAGUGUUCAGCUCCCACAGCUCUGAGGUGGUUCUGAGCGGGGGUGAUGAGGCGUACCAACGCAUCUACACCACAAAGAUCAAGCCUCGGCUGAGGUCAGAGGAUGGAGUAGAAGGGGACCUUGGGGAGACACAGAGCCGUACCAUCACAGUGACCAGAAGGGUCACAGCCUACACUGUGGAUGUGACCAGCCGGGAAGGAGCCAAGGACAGUGACAUCAGCAGCCCUGAAUUCAUGAUCAAGGUUCCAAGGCAUGAAGUGACUGAAAUCUCCACCAUGGAUGUGGAGACCCAACCUGGGAAGACAGUGAUCAGACUGCCCUCGGCAUCUGGGGCAGCCUCUCCAACGACAGGCUCUACAGGAGCUAUCUCUGCUUCAGGACCAGAGCUUCAGGGUGCUGGCCACUCGAAACUCCAGGUCACUAUGCCUGGGAUAAAGGUGGGAAGCCCGGGUGUUAAUGUCAGUGCAAAGGGCUUAGACUUGGGUGACAAAGGAGGGGUCCAAGUUCCAGGAGUAGACAUUUCAUCUUCUCCUGGGGGUGGGGCAGUAGAGGUGCAGGGCCCAUCCCUCCAGAGUUGUGAUAUUGGGAAAAUUAAAAUUCCUACCAUGAAAAUGCCGAAAUUUGGUGUCUCGACAGGGCCUGAGGGUCAGGCACCACUGGCAGGGCUGAGUGUUUCUGUACCUGAAUUCUCUGUGGGCCAAAAAGGCAGCAAACCAGACUUGACCAUCAGUGGGAAUAUCCAGGCCCCUCAUCUGGAGGUCAGUGCCUCCUCUGCCAAUGUUGAGGGGCUUGAAGGGAAACUGAAAGGCCCUCAAAUCACUGGGCCAUCACUUGAGGGUGACUUAGGCCUGAAAGGUGCCAAGCCACAGGGGGGCAUAGGAAUGGAUGCCUCUGCUCCCCAAAUCGAGGGCAGGAUCACUGGCCCCAGUGUGCAAGUUCAAGCCCCUGAUGUUGAUAUUCAAGGGCCUGCAGGCAAGCUGAAUUUGCCUGAGAUGAAAGUUCCUAAGUUCUCUGCAUCAGGUUCAAAGGGAGAAGGAGCUGGCAUUGAUGUGACACUGCCCAAAGGUGAAGUGACUCUUCCUGGGGUCUCUGGAAAUGUCAGCCUGCCUGAGAUUACUACUGGUGGGCUGGAAGGGAAGAUGACAGGUGCUAAAGUCAAGACUCCUCAAAUGAUCAUUCAGAAACCUAAAAUCUCCAUGAAGGAUGUAGAUCUGAGCCUUGGGUUCCCUAAACUGAAAGGAGAUAUUAAGGUAUCUUCUCCUGAGGUGAAAGGUGAUAUUAAAGGCCCACAAGUGGCAAUUAAAGGCUCAAAAGUGGACACAGAGACACCAAACCUAGAGGGGACCUUGACAGGCCCCAAGCUCAGUGGUCCUUCUGGGAAAACAGGAGCAUGUAGGAUCUCUAUGGCAGACGUAGAUUUAAAUGUGGCUGUGCCUAAAAUGAAAGGGGGUGUAGAUGUUACACUCCCAAACAUAGAAGGGAAAGUCAAAGUCCCUGAAGUUGAUGUCAAGGGCCCCAAAGUGAAUGUCAGUGCCCCAGAUGUGGAAAUUCAUGGUCCAGAAUGGAACCUGAAAAUGCCCAAGAUGAAGGUACCCAAGUUCAGCACUGGAGUCAAAGGGGAAGGCCCAGAUGUAGAUGUGACCCUACCUAAAGAAGAUAUCAAUAUUUCAGGGCCAAAGAUUAACGUAGAAGCUCCAAAUGUCGAAGUGGAGGGGCUGGGGGGAAAACUUAAAGGCCCUGAUAUUCAGCUGCCUCAAGUGAGUGUCAAGACACCAAAAACCUCCAUACCUGAUGCAGAUUUGCAUGUUAAAGGUGCAAAAGUGAAGGGAGAGUAUGAUGUAACAGUGCCAAAACUUGAGGGAGAACUGAAAGGCCCUAAAGUGGACAUUGGUGCCCCAGAUGUGGAUGUUCAUGGCCCAGACUGGCACCUAAAGAUGCCCAAGAUGAAAAUGCCCAAAUUCAGUGUGCCCGGGUUCAAAGCAGAGGGCCCAGAAGUGGAUGUGAACUUGCCCAAGGUGGAUGCGGAAAUUUCUGGGCCCAAGGUAGAGGUUAGUGCUCCAGAUGUCAACAUUGAGGGGCCAGAAGGGAAAUUGAAAGGGCCUAAGUUUAAAAUGCCUGAAAUGAAUAUGAAAGCUCCAAAGAUCUCCAUGCCAGAUGUGGACUUACAUUUAAAAGGCCCCAGUGUAAAGGGAGAAUAUGAUGUUACAGUGCCAAGAGUUGAAGGUGAGAUUAAAGUUCCUGACAUUGAACUUAAAAGUGCCAGAGUUGACAUUGAUGUUCCAGAUGUGGACGUUCAUGGCCCAGAAUGGAACCUAAAGAUGCCCAAAAUGAAAAUGCCCAAGUUCAGCAUGCCAGGAUUCAAGGCAGAGGGACCUGAAGUGGAGGUGAACCUCCCUAAAGCCGACAUUGACAUCUCUGGCCCCAAGGUGGAUGUUGAAGUUCCAGAUGUGAAUAUUGAAGGACCUGAAGGAAAAUUGAAGGGUUCCAAAUUUAAGAUGCCAGAGAUGAAUAUCAAGGCCCCAAAGAUCUCCAUGCCUGAUGUGGAUUUGCAUAUGAAAGGUCCCAAGGCAAAGGGAGAAUAUGAUGUCACAGUGCCAAAGCUGGAAGGGGACCUGAAAGGCCCAAAAAUAGAUGUCAGUGCUCCCGAUGUUGACAUUCAUGGUCCCGAUUGGAACUUGAAAAUGCCAAAGAUUAAAAUGCCCAAAUUCAGCAUGCCUAGUCUCAAAGGAGAGGGCCCAGAAAUGGAUGUGAACUUGCCCAAGGCUGAUGUGGACAUUUCUGCACCAAAGCUAGAUAUUAGUGCUCCAGAUCUGAACCUUGAAGGACCAGAAGGGAAGUUGAAAGGCCCCAAGUUUAAGAUGCCUGAGAUGCACUUCAGGGCUCCAAAAAUGUCUCUGCCAGAUGUUGAUCUGGAUCUUAAAGAACCAAAAAUGAAAGGAAAUCUAGAUAUGUCUGCACCAAAAAUAGAGGGUGAGAUGAAAGUUCCAGAUGUGGAUAUCAAAGGUCCUAAGGUAGAUAUUAAAGCACCAGAUAUAGAAGGUCAAGGUUCAGACUGGAGCCUGAAAAUGCCCAAGAUGAAAAUGCCCAAGUUCAGUAUGCCCAGCCUCAAAGGUGAGAGCCCAGAUGUGGAUUUGAACCUUCCCAAAAUUGACAUUGAUGUGUCAAGACCCAAAGUUGACAUUGAAGCCCCAGAUGUAAGCCUUGAGGGCCAAGAAGGAAAGCUGAAGGGCCCCAAGUUUAAGAUGCCUGAGAUGCACUUCAAGACCCCCAAGGUCUCCAUGCCUGAUGUGGACUUACACUUGAAAGGCCCCAGAGUCAAGGGGGAUAUGGACGUGACUGUGCCCAAGGUUGAAGGUGAAAUGAAAGUGCCAGAUGUGGACAUCAAAGGACCCAAAAUUGACAUUAAUGCCCCAGAUGUGGACGUUCAUGGCCCAGACUGGCACCUGAAGAUGCCCAAGAUGAAAAUGCCCAAGUUCAGCAUGCCUGGCUUCAAAGCAGAGGGCCCAGAUGUGGAUGUGAACCUGCCCAAGGCCAGUGUUGACGUGUCAGUGCCCAAGGUGGACAUUGAAGCCCCUGAUGUGAGCCUUGAAGGUCCAGAUGCUAAGCUGAAGGGUCCCAAGUUUAAGAUGCCUGAGAUGCAUUUCAAGGCUCCCAAGAUCUCUAUGCCUGAUGUGGACUUGAAUCUUAAGGGGCCAAAAGUAAAGGGAGAUGUGGAUGUGUCUUUGCCUGCAGUAGAAGGUGAAAUGAAAGUGCCAGAUGUGGACAUCAAAGGUCCUAAAGUGGGCAUUGAUGCCCCUGAUGUGGACAUUCAUGGCCCAGACUGGCAUCUGAAGAUGCCCAAGAUAAAAAUGCCCAAGUUCAGCAUGCCUGGCUUCAAAGCUGAGGGGCCCGAAGUGGAUGUGAACCUGCCCAAGGCUGACAUUGAUAUCUCAGGACCCAAGGUGGACAUUGACGUUCCCGAUGUGAAUAUUGAAGGUCCAGAUGCUAAGCUGAAGGGCCCCAAGUUCAAGAUGCCUGAGAUGAACAUCAAAGCCCCCAAGGUCUCCAUGCCUGAUGUUGACUUUAACCUGAAAGGUCCCAAAGUGAAGGGCGAUGUGGAUGUUUCUCUUCCAAAGGUGGAAGCUGACCUCAAGGCCCCUGAAGUUGACAUAAAGGGACCCAAAGUGGACAUUGAUGCUCCUGAUGUGGAUGUACAUGGCCCAGACUGGCACCUGAAGAUGCCCAAGGUGAAAAUGCCCAAGUUCAGCAUGCCAGGAUUCAAAGGAGAGGGUCCAGAAGUGGAUGUGAAUCUGCCCAAGGCUGACAUUGAUAUCUCAGGACCCAAGGUGGACAUUGACGUUCCCGAUGUGAAUAUUGAAGGUCCAGAUGCUAAGCUGAAGGGCCCCAAGUUCAAGAUGCCAGAAAUGAAUAUAAAGCCUCAGAAGAUACCGAUGCCAGAUGUUAGUUUGCAUUUGAAAGGUCCUAAAGUGAAAGGAGAUUAUGAUGUUACAGUUCCAAACGUAGAAGGAGAUAUAAAAGCUCCUUCUGUUGACAUCAAAGGACCUAAAGUGGACAUUAAUGCCCCAGAUGUGGAAGUCCAAGGCCCUGACUGGCACCUGAAGAUGCCCAAGAUGAAAAUGCCCAAGUUCAGCAUGCCUGGCUUCAAAGGAGAGGGGCCAGAAGUGGAUGUGAACCUUCCCAAGUCCAGCAUUGAUGUCUCAGGACCCAAAGUGGACAUCGAUGGUCCUGAUGUGAACAUUGAAGCUCCAGAGGGGAAACUGAAGGGCCCCAAGUUCAAGAUGCCAAGCAUGAAUAUUCAGACACAUAAAAUCUCUAUGCCUGAUGUUGGGCUUAAUCUAAAAGCUCCUAAAUUGAAAACUGAUGUAGAUGUUUCCCUUCCCAAAGUGGAGGGAAACUUGAAGGGUCCCAAAGUUGAUGUGAAAGCUCCUAAGAUGAAUGUGGAUGUUGGUGAUGUUGAUCUGGAAUGUCCAGAAGGAAAGUUGAAGGGCCCCAAGUUUAAGAUGCCUGAGAUGCACUUCAAGACCCCCAAGGUUUCCAUGCCUGAUGUGGACUUACACUUGAAAAGCCCCAGAGUCAAGGGGGAUAUGGACAUGACUGUGCCCAAGGUAGAAGGUGAAAUGAAAGUGCCAGAUGUGGACAUCAAAGGACCCAAGGUUGACAUCAGUGCUCCAGAUGUGGAUGUACAAGGUCCAGACUGGCACUUGAAGAUGCCCAAGAUGAAAAUGCCCAAGUUUAGCAUGCCUGGCUUCAGAGCAGAGGGCCCUGAAGUUGAUGUGACCCUGCCUAAGGCUGACAUUGAUGUCUCAGGGCCCAAAGUGGACAUUGAUGCUCCUGAUUUGGAUAUUGAGGGGCCAGAAGGAAAAUUGAAAGGCCCCAAAUUUAAGAUGCCCAAAUUGAAUAUCAAAGGUCCCAAGAUAUCCAUGCCAGAUGUGGACUUGAAUUUGAAGGGACCCAAACUGAAAGGAGAGAUAGAUGCUUCUAUGCCAGAAAUGGAAGGUGAUCUCAGAGGCCCGGAAGUUGAUAUUAAAGGCCCCAGUGUGGAUAUGGAGGUACCUGAUGUUGAUCUGGAAUGUCCUGAUGCAAAGCUGAAGGGCCCCAAGUUUAAGAUGCCUGAGAUGCACUUCAGGGCCCCCAAGGUCUCCAUGCCUGAUGUGGACUUACACUUGAAAGGCCCCAGAGUCAAGGGGGAUAUGGACGUGACUGUGCCCAAGGUAGAAGGUGAAAUGAAAGUGUCAGAUGUGGACAUCAAAGGACCCAAAGUUGACAUUAAUGCCCCAGAUGUGGACGUUCAUGGCCCAGACUGGCACUUGAAGAUGCCCAAGAUGAAAAUGCCCAAGUUCAGCAUGCCUGGCUUCAAAGCAGAGGGCCCAGAUGUGGAUGUGAAUCUGCCUAAGGCUGAUAUUGACGUGUCAGGACCCAAAGUGGACAUCGAAGCCCCUGAUGUGAGCCUUGAAUGUCCAGAAGGGAAGCUGAAAGGCCCCAAGUUUAAGAUGCCUGAGAUGCAUUUCAAGACCCCCAAGAUCUCCAUGCCUGAUGUGGACUUACACUUGAAGGGCCCUAAAGUCAAAGGUGAUGUGGACGUGUCUGUGCCAAAAUUGGAAGGAGAUUUGAAAGGCCCCAGUGUGGAUGUGGAGGUGCCUGAUGUUGAUCUGGAAUGUCCUGAUGCAAAGCUGAAGGGCCCCAAGUUUAAGAUGCCUGACAUGCACUUCAAGGCCCCCAAGGUCUCCAUGCCUGAUGUGGAUUUCAACUUAAAGGGGCCUAAAAUCAAAGGAGACAUUGAUGCUUCUGCCCCAAAGCUUGAGGGAGAAAUAAAAGGUCCUGAAUUGGAUGUCAAGGGCCCCAAAUUGGAUGCUGACAUGCCAGAAGUAUCUGUAGAAGGCCCUGAUGGCAAAUGGAAAAGUCCUAAGUUCAAGAUGCCGGACAUGCACUUUAAAGCUCCAAAAAUCUCCAUGCCAGACAUUGACUUACACUUGAGGAGUCCCAAGACAAAAGGAGAGGUGGAUUUACAUGUUCCCAAAUUGGAAGGAGACCUCAAAGGGCCACAUGUGGACAUCAGUGGGCCAGAUAUUGACAUUGAAGGACCAGAGGGCAAAUUGAAAGGCCCUAAGUUCAAGAUGCCUGAUGUGCAUUUCAAAGCCCCUAAUAUUUCUAUGACAGAUGUUGACCUAAAUCUGAAAGGGCCCAAAAUCAAGGGAGAUGCAGAUGUGUCUAUGCCUGAGAUAGAAGGUAAAAUUAAAGUACCAGAUGUGAACAUCAAGGGACCCAAAGUAGAUGUAGGUGCUCCUGAAGUGCAUGGCCCAGACUGGCACCUGAAGAUGCCCAAGAUGAAAAUGCCAAAGUUCAGCAUGCCUGGCUUCAAAGCUGAAGGCCCUGAAGUGGAUGUGAACCUGCCCAAGGCUGACAUUGAUGUCUCAGGACCCAAUGUGGACAUUGAAGGCCCUGAUGUUAAUAUUGAAGGACCAGAAGGGAAGUUGAAAGGUCCUAAGUUCAAGAUGCCUGAGAUGAACAUCAAAGCCCCCAAGAUCUCCAUGCCUGAUGUUGAUUUGCAUCUGAAGGGGCCCAGGGUCAAGGGCGAUGUGGAUGUGUCUCUGCCCAAAGUGGAAGGUGAGAUUAAAGUUCCUGAAGUGGAUAUUAAAGGCCCCAAAGUGGACAUUGAUGCUCCUAAUGUAGAUGUUCAUGGUCCAGACUGGCACUUGAAGAUGCCCAAGGUGAAAAUGCCCAAGUUCAGCAUGCCUGGCUUCAAAGGAGAGGGCCCAGAUGUGGAUGUGAACCUGCCCAAGGCUGACAUUGAUAUCUCAGGACCCAAGGUGGACAUAGACACUCCUGACAUUGACAUUCAUGGCCCAGAAGGGAAACUGAAGGGCCCCAAGUUUAAAGUGCCUGACCUGCAUCUCAAGGCACCCAAGAUCUCCAUGCCUGAGGUUGAUCUGAAUCAAGGUCCAAAGGUCAAGGGUGAUGUGGAUGUUUCUUUGCCAAAAUUGGAAGGAGACCUCAAAGGCCCUGAAGUUGACAUCAAAGGUCCUAAAGUGGACAUUGGUGCCCCAGAUGUGGAUGUUCAUGGUCCAGACUGGCACCUGAAGAUGCCCAAGGUGAAAAUGCCCAAGUUCAGCAUGCCUGGCUUCAAAGCAGAGGGUCCAGAAGUAGAUGUGAACUUGCCCAAGGCUGACAUUGAUGUCUCAGGACCAAAGGUGGACCUUGAUGUUCCAGAUGUGAAUAUUGAAGGUCCAGAUGCUAAGCUGAAGGGCCCCAAGUUCAAGAUGCCUGAGAUGAACAUCAAAGCCCCCAAGAUCUCCAUGCCUGAUGUUGAUUUGCAUCUGAAGGGGCCCAAGGUCAAGGGCGAUGUGGAUGUUUCUCUGCCCAAGGUGGAAGGUGACCUCAAGGGCCCUGAAGUUGACAUAAAGGGACCCAAAGUGGACAUAGAUGUCCCUGAUGUGGACGUUCAUGGCCCAGACUGGCACCUGAAGAUGCCCAAGGUGAAAAUGCCCAAGUUCAGCAUGCCUGGCUUCAAAACAGAGGGGCCUGAAGUGGAUGUGAACCUGCCCAAGGCUGACAUUGAUGUCUCAGGACCUAAGGUGGACAUUGAAGGCCCUGAUGUUAACCUUGAAGGGCCAGAAGGGAAGCUGAAGGGCCCCAAGUUCAAGAUGCCUGAGAUGAACAUCAAGACUCCCAAGAUCUCAAUGCCUGACAUUGAUCUUAACCUGAAAGGCCCAAAAGUGAAAGGUGAUAUGGAUGUGUCUCUGCCAAAAAUGGAAGGUGAGAUUAAAGUUCCUGAAGUGGAUAUUAAAGGCCCCAAAGUGGACAUUGAUGCCCCUGAUGUGGAUGUGCAUGGCCCAGACUGGCACCUGAAGAUGCCCAAGAUAAAAAUGCCCAAGUUCAGCAUGCCUGGCUUCAAAGGAGAGGGCCCAGAAGUAGAUGUGAACUUGCCCAAGGCCGACAUUGAUGUCUCAGGACCAAAGGUGGACAUUGACGUUCCCGAUGUGAAUAUUGAAGGUCCAGACGCUAAGCUGAAGGGCCCCAAGUUCAAGAUGCCUGAGAUGAACAUCAAAGCCCCCAAAAUAUCGAUGCCAGAUUUGGACCUUAAUCUUAAAGGCCCUAAAAUGAAAGGAGACAUGGAUGUUUCACUUCCAAAUGUAGGUGAUUUGAAAGGGCCUACUCUUGACAUAAAGGGCCCAAAGGUAGAACUAGAUGCUCCUGGUAUUGACAUUCAUGGACCAGAGGGUAAAUUAAAAGCUCCAAAACUGAAGAUGCCUGACAUGCAUGUAAACAUGCCCAAGAUCUCCAUGCCAGAAAUUGACUUGAAUAUGAAGGGGCCAAAGCUGAAGGGAGAUGUUGAUAUCUCUGGACCCAAGCUGGAGGGUGACAUUAAUGCUCCCAAGUUGGAUGUGAAGGGCCCAGAAGUGGACAUUUCUGGUCCUAAAGUCAAUAUUGAAGGCAAAUCAAAGAAAUCUCGUUUCAAGCUUCCCAAAUUUAAUUUUUCAGGUUCCAAAGUUCAGACACCUGAUGUGGAUGUCAAAGUUAAAAAGCCAGAUGUUGAUGUAACAGGUCCAAAAGUUGAUAUUAAUGCUCCUGAAGUUGAGGUCCAAGGAAAAGUGAAAGGAUCCAAGUUUAAAAUGCCUUUCCUGAGUAUUUCCUCUCCCAAAGUUUCUAUGCCUGAUGUGGAGCUAAAUUUGAAAGGUCCAAAAGUCAAAGGAGACUUAGAUGUUGCAGGUCCUAAUUUAGAAGGGGACUUUAAAAGUCCCAAAGUAGAUAUUAAAGCACCAGAAGUCCAUCUGAAUGCACCUGAUAUGGACGUUCAUGGUCCAGACUGGAACCUGAAGAUGCCCAAGAUGAAAAUGCCCAAGUUCAGUGUGCCUGGCUUAAAAACAGAAGGGCCUGAUGUGGCUGUGGAUUUACCAAAAGGAGACAUCAACAUAGAAGCUCCCCAUAUGAAUAUUGAGGGCCCAGAAGUCAAUGUGGAAGGUCUAGAAGGAGGCUUAAAAGGUCCCAAAUUCAAGAUUCCUGACAUGAACAUCAAAGCUCCUAAGAUCUCCAUGCCAGAUAUUGACUUAAAUCUGAAGGGUCCCAAAAUGAAGGGUGAUGUAGAUGUUUCUCUUCCCAAGUUUGAAGGGGAUCUGAAAGGGCCAGAUGUUGAUAUCAAAGGCCCUAAAGUGGACAUUAAUGCUCCAGAUGUGGACGUUCAUGGUCCAGACUGGCACCUGAAGAUGCCCAAGGUGAAAAUGCCCAACUUCAGCAUGCCUGGAUUCAAAGGAGAGGGCCCUGAAGUGGAUGUUACUCCCAAAGCUGACAUUGAUAUUUCUGGCCCCAAUGUAGAUAUUAAUGCCCCAGAGGUCAAUAUUGAAGGUCCAGAUGCUAAGCUGAAGGGUCCCAAGUUCAAGAUGCCUGAAAUGAACAUCAAAGCCCCCAAGAUCUCCAUGCCUGACUUUGAUCUAAAUCUGAAGGGCCCCAAAAUAAAGGGCGAUUUGGAUGUGUCUUUACCAAAAGUGGAAGGUGAUCUAAAGGGCCCUGAAGUGGACAUUAAGGGCCCGAAAGUUGAUGUUGACACUCCUGAUAUUAACAUUGAGGGCCCAGAGGGUAAAUUGAAGGGGCCCAAAUUUAAGAUGCCAGAGAUGCACCUAAAGGCUCCCAAGAUCUCCAUGCCUGAUGUUGAUUUGCAUCUGAAGGGGCCCAAGGAAGGCGAUGUGGAUGUUUCUCUGCCCAAGGUGGAAGGUGACCUCAAGGGCCCUGAAGUUGACAUAAAGGGACCCAAAGUGGACAUAGAUGUCCCUGAUGUGGACGUUCAUGGCCCAGACUGGCACCUGAAGAUGCCCAAGGUGAAAAUGCCCAAGUUCAGCAUGCCUGGCUUCAAAACAGAGGGGCCUGAAGUGGAUGUGAACCUGCCCAAGGCUGACAUUGAUGUCUCAGGACCUAAGGUGGACAUUGAAGGCCCUGAUGUUAACCUUGAAGGGCCAGAAGGGAAGCUGAAGGGCCCCAAGUUCAAGAUGCCUGAGAUGAACAUCAAGACUCCCAAGAUCUCAAUGCCUGACAUUGAUCUUAACCUGAAAGGCCCAAAAGUGAAAGGUGAUAUGGAUGUGUCUCUGCCAAAAAUGGAAGGUGAGAUUAAAGUUCCUGAAGUGGAUAUUAAAGGCCCCAAAGUGGACAUUGAUGCCCCUGAUGUGGAUGUGCAUGGCCCAGACUGGCACCUGAAGAUGCCCAAGAUAAAAAUGCCCAAGUUCAGCAUGCCUGGCUUCAAAGGAGAGGGCCCAGAAGUAGAUGUGAACUUGCCCAAGGCCGACAUUGAUGUCUCAGGACCAAAGGUGGACAUUGACGUUCCCGAUGUGAAUAUUGAAGGUCCAGACGCUAAGCUGAAGGGCCCCAAGUUCAAGAUGCCUGAGAUGAACAUCAAAGCCCCCAAGGUCUCCAUGCCUGAUGUUGACUUUAACCUGAAAGGUCCUAAAGUGAAGGGUGAUGUAGAUGUUUCUCUGCCUAAACUGGAAGGUGACCUAAAGGGCCCUGAAGUUGACAUCAAAGGCCCUAAAGUGGACAUUGAUGCUCCUAAUGUAGACGUUCAUGGUCCAGACUGGCACUUGAAGAUGCCCAAGGUGAAAAUGCCCAAGUUCAGCAUGCCAGGAUUCAAAGGAGAGGGUCCAGAAGUGGAUGUGAAUCUUCCCAAGGCUGACAUUGAUGUCUCAGGACCCAAAGUGGACAUAGACACUCCUGACAUUGACAUUCAUGGCCCAGAAGGGAAACUGAAGGGCCCCAAGUUUAAAGUGCCUGACCUGCAUCUCAAGGCACCCAAGAUCUCCAUGCCUGAGGUUGAUCUGAAUCUGAAGGGUCCAAAGGUCAAGGGUGAUGUGGAUGUUUCUUUGCCAAAAUUGGAAGGAGACCUCAAAGGCCCUGAAGUUGACAUCAAAGGUCCUAAAGUGGACAUUGAUGCCCCAGACGUGGACAUUCAUGGUCCAGACUGGCACCUGAAGAUGCCCAAGGUGAAAAUGCCCAAGUUCAGCAUGCCUGGCUUCAAAGCAGAGGGUCCAGAUGUGGAUGUGAACCUGCCCAAGGCCAGUGUUGACGUGUCAGUGCCCAAGGUGGACAUUGAAGCCCCUGAUGUGAGCCUUGAAGGUCCAGAUGCUAAGCUGAAGGGUCCCAAGUUUAAGAUGCCUGAGAUGCAUUUCAAGGCUCCCAAGAUCUCUAUGCCUGAUGUGGACUUGAAUCUUAAGGGGCCAAAAGUAAAGGGAGAUGUGGAUGUGUCUUUGCCUGCAGUAGAAGGUGAAAUGAAAGUGCCAGAUGUGGACAUCAAAGGUCCUAAAGUGGGCAUUGAUGCCCCUGAUGUGGACAUUCAUGGCCCAGACUGGCAUCUGAAGAUGCCCAAGAUAAAAAUGCCCAAGUUCAGCAUGCCUGGCUUCAAAGCUGAGGGGCCCGAAGUGGAUGUGAACCUGCCCAAGGCUGACAUUGAUAUCUCAGGACCCAAGGUGGACAUUGACGUUCCCGAUGUGAAUAUUGAAGGUCCAGAUGCUAAGCUGAAGGGCCCCAAGUUCAAGAUGCCUGAGAUGAACAUCAAAGCCCCCAAGAUCUCCAUGCCUGAUGUUGACUUUAACCUGAAAGGUCCUAAAGUGAAGGGUGAUGUGGAUGUUUCCUUGCCUAAUGUGGAAGGUGACCUAAAGGCUUGUGGUGAUAUCAAGGGCCCCAAGGUGGACAUUGACACUCCUGAUGUCAAUAUUGAAGGUCCAGAAGGAAAAAUAAAGGGCCCCAAAUUUAAAAUGCCAGAGAUGCACAUCAAAACCCCCAAGAUUUCCAUGCCUGACUUUGACUUAAAUCUCAAAGGGCCAAAGGUAAAGGGAGAUGUGGACCUUUCACUACCUAAUGUGGAAGGUGGUCUGCAAGGACCAGACAUGCACAUUGAAGGUCCUGAAGGGAAAAUCAAAGGUCCCAAAUUUAAAAUGCCUGAUGUCCAUUUAAAAACUCCUCAAAUCUCCAUGAGUGACAUUGAUUUGAACUUGAAAGGACCUAAGAUAAAGGGAGAUUUGGACAUUUCCAUUCCUAAACCAGAAGGGGAUCUUAAAGGCCCCAAAGUGGAUGUGAAAGGCCCUAAGCUGGACAUAGACACUCCUGACAUUGACAUUCAUGACCCAGAAGGGAAGCUGAAGGGCCCCAAGUUUAAAGUGCCUGACCUGCAUCUCAAGGCACCCAAGAUCUCCAUGCCUGAGGUUGAUCUGAAUCUGAAGGGCCCAAAGGUCAAGGGUGAUGUAGAUGUUUCUUUGCCAAAAUUGGAAGGAGACCUCAAAGGCCCUGAAGUUGACAUCAAAGGUCCUAAAGUGGACAUUGGUGCCCCAGAUGUGGAUGUUCAUGGUCCAGACUGGCACCUGAAGAUGCCCAAGGUGAAAAUGCCCAAGUUCAGCAUGCCAGGAUUCAAAGGAGAGGGUCCAGAAGUGGAUGUGAAUCUGCCCAAGGCUGAUAUUGAUGUCUCAGGACCCAAAGUGGACAUUGACGUUCCCGAUGUGAAUAUUGAAGGUCCAGAUGCUAAGCUGAAGGGCCCCAAGUUCAAGAUGCCUGAGAUGAACAUCAAAGCCCCCAAGAUCUCCAUGCCUGAUGUUGACUUUAACCUGAAAGGUCCUAAAGUGAAGGGUGAUGUAGAUGUUUCUUUGCCUAAACUGGAAGGUGAGCUAAAGGGCCCUGAAGUUGACAUCAAAGGCCCUAAAGUGGACAUAAAUGCCCCAGACGUGGACGUUCAUGGUCCAGACUGGCACUUGAAGAUGCCCAAGGUGAAAAUGCCCAAGUUCAGCAUGCCUGGCUUCAAAGGAGAGGGCCCAGAUGUGGAUGUGAACCUGCCCAAGGCUGACAUUGAUAUCUCAGGACCCAAGGUGGACAUAGACACUCCUGACAUUGACAUUCAUGGCCCAGAAGGGAAACUGAAGGGCCCCAAGUUUAAAGUGCCUGACCUGCAUCUCAAGGCACCCAAGAUCUCCAUGCCUGAGGUUGAUCUGAAUCUGAAGGGUCCAAAGGUCAAGGGUGAUGUGGAUGUUUCUUUGCCAAAAUUGGAAGGAGACCUCAAAGGCCCUGAAGUUGACAUCAAAGGUCCUAAAGUGGACAUUGGUGCCCCAGAUGUGGAUGUUCAUGGUCCAGACUGGCACCUGAAGAUGCCCAAGGUGAAAAUGCCCAAGUUCAGCAUGCCUGGCUUCAAAGGAGAGGGCCCAGAAGUGGAUGUGAACCUUCCCAAGGCUGAUAUUGACGUCUCUGGACCAAAGGUGGACCUUGAUGUUCCAGAUGUGAAUAUUGAAGGUCCAGAUGCUAAGCUGAAGGGCCCCAAGUUCAAGAUGCCUGAGAUAAAUAUCAAGGCUCCUAAGAUCUCCAUGCCUGAUGUUGACUUGGAUUUAAAAGGACCUAAAUUAAAAGGAGACUUUGAUGUGUCUGUUCCUAAGAUUGAAGGUAGUUUGAAAGGUCCAGAAGUAGACCUUAAAGGUCCAGGUCUGGAUUUCAAAGGCCCUGAUGCCAAACUCAGUGGCCCUGAUUUGAAGAUGCCAUCACUAGAUAUAACUGCUCCUAAAGUAACUGCUCCUAAUAUUGAUUUGCAUGUCAAGACACCAAAAAUUGGAGUUUCUGGUCCCAAGUUAGAAGGUGGUGAAGUUGAUCUCAAAGGGCCCAAAGUUGAUUUAGAAGCUCCAACCUUAGAUGUACAAAUGGAGAGCCCAGAUAUUAAUAUUGAGGGGCCAGAUGUUAAAAUUCCCAAGUUUAAGAAACCAAAGUUUGGAUUUGGGGCAAAAAGCCCUAAAGCUGACAUCAAGUCACCAUCACUAGAUGUGACUGUUCCUGAAGCAGAUCUGAAUGUUGAAGCUCCUGAAAUAAGUGUUGGUGGCAAGGGCAAGAAAAGUAAGUUUAAAAUGCCCAAAAUUCACAUGAGCGGUCCUAAAGUUAAAGCCAAGAAACAGGGAUUUGACUUGAAUGUUCCCGGGGGCGAGAUUGAUGCCAGUCUUAAGGCUCCUGAUACAGACAUCAAUAUUACAGGGCCGGAUGCCACACUCAAAGCUGACGUGAAAUCUCCCAAAACGAAGAAAACUAUGUUUGGAAAAAUGUACUUCCCAGAUGUAGAGUUUGACAUUAAGUCACCUAAGUUUAAGGCUGAAGCUUCCCUUCCUAGCCCCAAGAUGGAGGGUGAAAUCCAGGCACCUCAUUUGGACAUUCCUGCACCGGGGAUUAAUGUGGAAGGUUCUGACAUCAAGGUGAAGGCUCCCAGGUUGAAGGUGCCAGGUGUGGAUAUCUCAGGGUCAAAAAUAGAGGGCAACUUGAAAGGCCCCAGAGUGCAGGCAAAUUUGGACACACCUGACAUCAACAUUGAAGGCCCAGAUGCUAAAGUCAAAACACCAUCUUUUGGCAUUUCUGGCCCUCAAGUCUCCAUACCCGAUGUGAAUGUUAACUUGAAAGGACCAAAGAUAAAGGGUGAUGUCCCCAGUGUAGGACUAGAAGGAUCAGAUAUAGAUCUGCACGGUCCAGAAGCCAAAAUCAAGUUCCCCAAGUUUUCAAUGCCCAAAAUCAGUGUCCCUGGUGUGAAAAUGGAGGGUGGGGGAGCUGAGGUCCAUGCUCAGCUGCCCUCUCUUGAAGGAGGCUUUAGUACACCAGAUGUUAAUCUUGAAGGGCCUGAUGUCUCUCUAAAGGGGCCAGGAAUAGACUUGCCUUCAGUGAACCUCUCUAUCCCAAAAGUCUCUGGGCCUGACCUUGAUGUGAACUUGAAAGGACCAAGUUUGAAGGGAAACCUGGAUGCGUCAGUUCCCAGCAUGAAGAUGCAUGCCCCAGGGCUUGACGUCGGAGGUGUUGGUGGAAAGAUACAAAUAGGGGGAGAUGGUGUGAAAGUGCCAGGGAUUGAUGCCACAACAUUUAAUGUUGGAGCACCAGAUGUGACACUGAAGGGACCAAGCAUACAGGGAGACCUUGCUAUGUCUGGUGACAUAAAGUGCCCUCAAUUAUCUGUAGGUGCUCCUGAUCUAAGCUUGGAGGCAUCUGAAGGUGGUAUUAAACUUCCCCAAAUGAAGCUCCCCAAGUUUGACAUAUCCACUCCAGGAUCUGACUUGGAUAUUAACAUCAAGGGGCCACAAAUUGGUGGCGAUCUAAAGGGGCCAGGUAUGGGCAUGAACCUGAAAGGGUCUCAGAUCUCAGCAUCAGGCAUGGACUUUAACUUGGAAGGACCAAAAGUGAAAGGAAGCCUUGGGGCCACUGGUGAGAUGAAGGGCCCCACGGUUGGAGAUCUUCCAGGCAUCAGCGUUCAAGGCCUAGACGGAAGCCUCCAAAUGCCCAGAAUUAAGUCCUCUGGAUAUGAUGUGGACCUGCCAGGUAUGAAUGUGAAGCUCCCAACUGGGCAGAUUUCUGGUCCAGAAAUUAAAGGUGAUCUGAAAGGUUCAGGACCGGGUUUCCAUGGGGCUGUUCCUGAUAUCAGUGUAAAAGGGCCUUCCUUUAAUAUGGCAUCUCCUGAGUCAGAUUUUGGUGUGAACUUGAAGGGCCCAAAAAUCAAAGGAAGUGUGGAUGUUUCAGGGGGUGUCAGUGCCCCAGAUAUCAGCCUGGGUGAAGGGCAUAUGAGUGUUAAAGGCUCUGGAGUUGAGUGGAAGGGACCCCAAGUCUCCUCUGCUCUCAACUUGGAAGCAUCUAGGUUUGCUGGGGGCCUUCAUUUCUCAGGACCAAAGGUAGAAGGAGGUGUGAAAGGAGGUCAGAUUGGACUCCAGGGUCCUGGGCUGAGUGCGUCUGGGCCUCAUGGUCACUUGGAAAGUGGAUCUGGAAAAGUAACAUUCCCUAAGAUGAAGAUCCCCAAAUUUACAUUCUCUAGCCGUGAGCUGGUUGUCAGAGAAGUGGGGGUGGAUGUCAACUUUCCUAAAGUGGAGGCCAAUGUGCAGGCUGGUGCUGGAGAAGGAGAGUGGGAAGAAUCAGAAGUAAAACUUAAAAAGUCCAAAAUCAAAAUGCCCAAGUUUAAUUUUUCCAAACCUAAAGGGAAAGGUGGUGUCACUGGAUCACCAGAAGCUUCUAUUUCUGGGUCCAAAGGUGACCUGAAAAGCUCAAAGGCCAGCCUGGGCUCUUUGGAAGGAGAAGCAGAAGCUGAAACAUCUUCACCUAAAGGCAAAUUCUCCCUGUUUAAAAGUAAAAAGCCAAGGCACCGCUCCAAUUCUUUCAGUGACGAGAGGGAGUUCUCUGCACCUUCCACCCCGACAGGGACUUUAGAGUAUGAAGGUGGAGAAUUGUCACUGGAAGGUGGUAAAGUCAAAGGGAAACAUGGGAAGCUGAAAUUUGGUACCUUUGGUGGAUUGGGGUCAAAGAGCAAAGGUCAUUAUGAGGUAACUGGGAGCGAUGAUGAAGCAGGCAAAUUACAGGGGAGUGGAGUAUCCUUGGCCUCUAAGAAGUCCCGACUGUCCUCUUCCUCUAGCAAUGACAGUGGGACUAAGGUUGGUAUCCAGCUUCCUGAAGUAGAACUGGCAGUUUCCACAAAGAAAGAGUAGCGGGCCUUUGUAUGUGUGUACAUAUAUAUAUAUAUAAAACUACAUCAGCCUUGGGUGUGUUUGUAUAUAAACUCCAAAGAGAAACACCCCUAUGGCCUCAGCAAUAAUGCAAAGAUCUUGCCUCUGCUGGUGGCAAGUGCUGAAAAAUCAACUGCCUCCAGGCUACUGGAACUCUGCAAGUAGCUAAAGAGUUCCAAGUUCAUCCAGUCCAUUAUACAAAGUCAACAGUAUUUGCCUUAAGAUUUCAGUUUUUUUUUUUUUUUUGCAUUGAACGCUGAGAGCUCCUGUUUACUAAGCAAGCUUUUGUGUUUAUUAUCCUCAUUUUUACUGAACAUGGUUAGUGUUGGGGUAAUGGAAACUCACUUUUUCAUUGUAAUGACUUAUGGGGCUUUUGUUAGUAAAGAAGGGUUGGGUAAAAGGCAGAAGAUGGGCCAGAUCUUCAUAGCUCCUCAGAUUGGAUCUAUUCAAACAGCAACACCCAGACCUGGCAGAGGGAGAUGGCAGCCAGAGUGUGGGUGUUUUUGAGCUCUUUGCAUAGCUUUAUCCCCAGGGGUGGUGGUCCCAGCCAGUUUGGUGCUCAGGGUAAGAGGGAAGUAGAAUCUGUUUGCAAAUUGUCCAAUCCACCAGGUCAACACACGGGGCUUCCAUUUUGUGUUUUGUAAGGGAACUGUUUUAUUAAUGAUUGUCAUGUUCCUGAUAAUAGUUCUGAUUCUUUUAACAAAUGUUAUUAUGAUUAAGAAAAUUUCUGGCACUUUAAUGGCAAAUUAAUUGAGAAUGUAAGAAAAUUGAUGUUGUACAAGGCAAAUAAAGCUGUUUAUUAACC